AUGGCUGAGAAAAAUAUACCAAGUUUAUUAUGUGAACUAAUUGAUUUAAGGUCAAUUUUGUCAUGGGAUGUUGACACAGUCACAGAGUCUGUGAAUAAAACCGGUAGAUUAAUGAUUUCUCAUGAAGCGCAGAAGUAUCAACGA